UUUAAAUAAGCUGCUCUGAAACUGUUAGCGACGACUUUACGCGAAGAAAAUACAUAAUUAAGCGACAAAAAAGAUUCGCUUCGAGGAAUUGUUUAACCAUCUAUUUCAUUUGGCGACGUAGUCGAGUGUUUUCGCUGUCUUUUGUUGGAUGCCACCACGAUUAUUUUUAUUUUUACCAUCGUUUUUUUUUUUAAUUCAAACGGAAGCAGACCAGAUGGCAGAGCCCCGUUAAGUUAAGUCUGGAAGCCUUGGUGCCGGCCAGGUACCUCUGGGGAGGCUCUUUACCGUGCCAGUUCAGCCAAGAGUCGGCCGAGCCACUGGGACGCCAGUCCUUCACUCCAAGAUUGGUUGACUCUGCGGACCACGAUGUGAGGCUUCUGCGACGUGUGUCGGCGAGACGACUUCUUUCACAGAAAUAACUUGAAUUUAUUGUCUGAUAAAUAUUCACGUGCCGCUCUGAUGAUCAUGAGGAGAGGCCAAAAGCCGCUCCCUGCAGGUCAGUGAUGUUCAAGCAUGGUGCUGUGCGGCGCCCUCCGCCUCUCCUGUCAGCCGCACAUCCUGCCGGAUCGCUCUGAUAGCACCUUCAGGAGGACUGUAAAUUAGAAAUGAAGAGGUGUCCGGCACCACGGACCUCCAGACCUCUCUGUGGCAGCACAAGCCUCACAUUCUCUCCUGUAAAUAAAUCCAUGUGAGGCCGCAACAGGCAGCCGGCAGUAAUUCUCCCUGCCAGCAGACCGGCCUGAUGGCUCCAUCUCCUUUUUCCAGUGACACCGUAGCGCACCCUGCUGAUCCCACGCUCCCUGAAGGCCCCGCGGCUGCCGGAGCGGGUGGACAGAACACAGCUGUCAGGCGCAGCCUGCACACUGACAGAAAACACUCGUCUACCUGACCAUCUAUCUCACCGGAAGCCUGUCUGUCAUUUUUGGUUUUUAUUCUUUGCACUUUCAUUUUGUUCCCUCCAUAUGAGCCGGUGAUUUAUGUCUCUGCCAGGGGAAGCAUGAACCCCGCCCAUGCUCAGCCCACAUCCUGGAAUUCAACGGCUUCAAAUGCUAACACCUCCAGCUCCAACAGCGUGAGAGCUCCAGGGUGACCAAGCCUAUGGGCCGCUCAGACAGUCCGGACCCUCUGUGAUCCUGUUCUUCUGGUCACCACAGAGGUGAAGAAGUGAGUGCAGGCAGGGUGGAAUAGGUGGUGUGGUCGAGACCACCUGGCCGGAGACUGAGUCAAGGCCAAAUCCAGGUCAACCAGGUCAUUUCACCACACCACUGACCUACAGCGUGUGUCGGUGUGAUUCAGAACUGCACUGAUGCAGAAGCUGGGAGAGGUGAGUCAGAGACGGCGGUGCUGCGGCUGCAGCCAGGUGCCCUCAGAAGGCUCUAGUCAAACACGGCGCGCUCCGUGUUUCAGCCUGCAUGUUCCCCGUUUCUCUGGCAGUCCUGCAGGGUGAAUCACUAAGACUGUACUGACCCACAUUGCUACGUGUAUUUUCAGCAUCUUCCCCCCAGCCGCCCGCCUCCCACCGAUCCGCUCCACAAAUCUUCUUUUGAACGUGAAACACGGGCACUUUGCGUCCCGCUCAUCCUUCCUGGCAGCUUGUUCGGUGUGACCGAGGUGAGGCCGGGCCACUGCCGUCACGUACGGCAGACUCAUGACACAUCAUCCCAAGAAAUCCGGCUUUAAUGCCUUCCUGUUGGGAGCACGUGUGAAAAUGAAGCCCCCCUCCCCCUCAACAAAAAGGCCUCGGGAGCGAUGACCAAAUAGCGCAGGUCCUGCCUCCGCGCUGAUAGCAGCUAGACUUUGCCCCGGAGGAGGAACAGCACAACAGGAAGAGCAGCGGCGGCCGCAGCACAGCUUCAGCACCUCCAGCCCUCGGCUCUUUCUUCUCUCCACAUGGAUUACAGCAGCGGGGGACACAGCCGGCCGGUGUACGGCGAUCCGCCGCCGUACAGCCCGUACGGCAACGGACCGCACGCCGGCAUCAGCUACAACGUGGGGAACGGCGGCAUCGCGGUGGUCUCUCCUUCCAGUCACUACACCAACUCAGGCUUCCCUGACUCCUCGGACCCCCAUCGGCCCUGGGCGCCGCCCGAGUACUCGGAGAGCGCGGAGGAGGACUUCUUCAGCGAGGCGUCGGUGCGGCGAGGUUUCAUCAGGAAGGUCUACCUGACCCUGCUGCUCCAGCUGCUUGUCACCGUUGGGAUCAUCUGCCUGUUUCUGUACUGGGACCAGCUGAAUCGGUGGACCUACCACCAGCCCUGGUUCUUCUAUUCCAUGGCUAUCACCAUGCCGAUCCUGAUCCUGGUGCUAGCCUGCUGCGACGGCGUCCGCAGAACCGUGCCGCUCAACUUCAUCGCCCUGGGCCUCUUCACCCUGGUGGAGGGCGCCAUGCUGGGCUCUCUGGCCGUGUUCAUCGCGACGGAGGCGGUUCUGUGGGCCAUGGGAGCGACGGCGCUGAUCUCCUUCUCUCUCACGCUGUUCUCCAUCCAGACCAAGUGGGACUUCACCAUGGCCAGCGGGAGUCUGUGGGUGUUCGCCUGGAGCCUCAUCUCCUUCGGGCUGCUCUGCGCCAUCAUGAGAUCACAGUAUCUCCACAUCCUGUACGCCUGCCUGGCCACCCUCCUGUUCUCGCUGGUGCGUAACCAACGCCGCCGCGCGUCUCAGAGGUUUUCAAUCCAGAGUGCAUCAUUAAAGGACAAAAAAAAACUUUCAAAAUUUAUAAAAACAUUUUUUAUAAACGCUCAACUGAAGUUCAACACUUUAACUUUUUUUUUUUUUACUGACUCAAAACUUUUAUGAAUUAUUUUUACUGAGACUGUUCAGACUCUUUUCCCUGUUUUUUGUGGGAUUUAAAAUAUAUUUAUGAACUCCAGAUUUUUUUCUAUUUUUAUGUUUCUGUUCGUAUUUUCAGAUUCGAAACAUCUUUCGCCAUUUUCCAAAACUGUUAUAUUUAAUGUUCUUUUUUUUCAUGAUAAUGUCAAUUUUUCCACCCUCUACGUCAGAACUUUUUUCACUACUUUUGAGCCUCAGCUCAUGUUCCGCCGCACGCGCACCUCUCUCCGCAGUACCUGGUGUACGACACUCAGACCAUCGUGGGCGGGAAACACAGGAAG